AUGAGCAACAUUCCCGACAGUCCUCCGCCGGCAUUCUCAGCGGUGGUGGGGGAGCAGCAUGACGCGGGGUUUCUCUCCGCAGCAGAAGGCGGGGCUGGCCCCUCUGGCUCUGCUUCCGGCACGGGGGCAGGCAGCAGCGCGGCAUCAAUAGCGUCGGCCUCGGCGACGCGGAAGUGGGACGACCCGCCCGAGGAGGAGCCCGAAGAGCACCAAAAGCACCUCUCUCAGCCCGAGCUCGAGAAUUUCAACACCAUGGUCUUCCUGGGCGGGCAGGGCAUGCCCUCGAUUCCGGGCCGCGAGGUGCAGCAGCUGUCGUUUACGCCCUCGGGGAACCACAUAGUCGCCAGGAUAUCGAUAGACUCCAACUUCAUCAGCACGUCGACUGAUGGGUACUGCACCCUCCAGAUAUGGCAGCUUCCGAGCACCAAGAAGUUGCAGAUCCCGACGGCAACCCACAGGGAGAUUCGCGUCAAUGGCAACUUCGCCGCCACGACGCGCUAUGGCCACGCCGACCAUACCGUGUUCGACGUCGUGGUCGUCGGCAGCCGCCACAUGGACAUCGAAAGGGGCUUCAAGGGGACGCUGGUCGAGCUGUUCAACCUGACGCGCGAGAAGCGGCGGCAGAAGGCGCACGCGCCGCUGCAGGCGCCGUUCGCCUUCAACCCGGAUGGGUCGCUGCUGGCGUCGGUGUCGUCGCGCGAGCCGAGCCGCAUCAUCAUCUCCAACGUGGCAGGGGACUCGGUGCAAAUGUCGCGACUCAUGCCGUACCACCUGGCCGAGGUGACGCAGCUGCGCUUCACGCCCGACGGCAAGGCCGUCGUCAGUGCCGCGCGCGACGGGAGCCUGCGGUUGACGAGCGUCGUGUCGGGCCGGACCAUUCUCAAGUCCGAACUGCCUGUUGAGCAUCUCCGGUACGACGCGAGCCUAAUGGAGGUUAAGUCUGGCGGCGAGUUCGCGGCCACGGUCUGGGGCCGAGAGGUUGUCAUGUGGGACCUCAAGAGCGGGCAGCUAACAACGUACGGCCUAGACCAAGUGCGGCAAGGCAUGCCUGAGGGCUGGCCGCUGGCCAUUUCACCCGACUGUAGUUACUUGGUCUGCCGGACCGAGGACGGAUUUGACGUGUCCGACGUUGCCACCGGGCGGUUUCGCGGCGGGCACUCUACUAGCGGAUCACCGGUCACAGCGGCCGGUUUCUCUCAUGACUCCAAGUGGCUUGCCAUGGGAUUUUUCAAUGGCCAGACGCGCUUGUUCAAUAUUGUGACGGUUUGA